AUGGUUGGAAAGAUUCCCGGACUGCUGGAGUUCCAUGCCAAUCCCCCGUUGGCAAUGACCGCAUCCCGCGCAAAGGGCUACGAUAUGGGCUUGGUGGCUAUCCUGGAGAAGCCUUCCGAUUUGCAGGUCUAUGCAACUCACCCAGCUCACCUUGAAUUGCAUGAAAAGCGCGAGCAAUUAUGUGAGGAUACUUUGGCCUACGAUCUGGAGUACUAG